UAGGGAGUUGCACUAUAUUAUUUCGCGAAUGUCUCCGCACCGCUGGAGCUCGUGCUGUGGUCAGGGCCAUCUUUGGUCGUUCUCGCCGGUCGCACCACAGUCAGUGAUCAAUUGUGAUACGUGUCAAAUUAUUUGAGCGAUAAUUGUUUCCAAAGAGGUCGUUUUGCCGCUAAUAGGACAAAAGACUCGUUCUGCAUAAACAUUUCGUUGCAUCAACACCGUUUUACUGAAAUUUGGCUAAAGACGGGAGAUCCACUGUAAUACAACAUGGAUGAGGAAUAUGAUGUUAUCGUAUUGGGCACCGGACUCACAGAAUGUAUUCUCUCUGGGAUCAUGUCUGUGAAUGGGAAGAAAGUUUUGCAUAUGGACAGAAAUCCAUACUACGGAGGUGAAAGUUCCUCCAUCACACCCCUGGAGGAGCUCUAUAAGAGAUUUGGGAUUUCAGACAGCCCCCCAGAGUCAAUGGGCCGGGGAAGAGACUGGAAUGUGGAUCUUAUUCCUAAAUUUUUAAUGGCCAAUGGUCAGUUAGUUAAGAUGCUUCUAUACACGGAAGUCACCAGAUAUCUUGACUUCAAAGUGGUCGAGGGAAGCUUCGUGUAUAAAGGAGGGAAAAUCUACAAAGUGCCCUCUACUGAGACAGAGGCACUGGCUUCAAACCUAAUGGGAAUGUUUGAGAAGAGACGUUUCCGCAAGUUCCUAGUUUUCGUGGCCAACUUUGAUGAGAACGACCCGAAGACUUUUGAAGGCGUUGAUCCCAAACUCACAACGAUGGGAGAUGUGUACAAGAAGUUUGACCUGGGUCAGGACGUGGUCGACUUCACGGGACAUGCCCUGGCCCUCUACAGGACAGACGAUUACCUUGAGCAGCCGUGUCUGGAGACCAUCAAUAGGAUCAAGCUCUACAGUGAGUCUCUGGCACGCUACGGGAAGAGCCCAUACCUGUACCCUCUGUACGGACUGGGGGAGCUGCCUCAAGGGUUUGCUAGGUUAAGUGCAAUUUAUGGAGGAACCUACAUGCUGAACAAACCAGUGGAUGAGAUAGUGAUGGAGGGAGGACACGUGGUGGGCGUGAAAUCAGAGGGAGAGGUUGCCCGUUGCAAGCAGCUCAUCUGCGACCCUAGCUACAUCCCGGACCGCGUGCACAAAGUCGGCCAGGUGAUCCGGGUCAUCUGCGUCCUCAGCCAUCCCAUUAAAAACACUAAUGAUGCCAAUUCCUGCCAGAUCAUCAUCCCUCAGAACCAGGUUAACCGCAAAUCAGAUAUCUAUGUUUGCAUGAUCUCCUACGCCCAUAAUGUGGCGGCUCAGGGGAAGUACAUCGCUAUUGUGAGCACCACUGUGGAAACCUCUGACCCUGAAAUCGAAAUCGAACCUGCUCUCGAACUCCUGGAGCCCAUUGACCAAAAGUUUGUGGCCAUCAGUGACAUGUAUGAACCCACAGAUGAUGGUACAGAGAGCCAGGUUUUUGCAUCGCGCUCCUACGAUGCCACCACUCAUUUUGAAACAACUUGUAACGACAUCAAGGACAUCUACAAGCGCAUGACAGGCAGCGACUUCGACUUUGAGAACAUGAAGCGUAAACAGAACGACGUCUUCGGCGAGGACGAGCAGUGAGGGGUGGAUGAGUGACGGAGGAGUGGAGAGGCAAUGAUCAGGUGGAGGGAGAGAUGAGGCGAGCUGAACGGGAUUUACCUGGCUGGGUUCAGAGGUCACGCAGAACAGAAUCAACAACACUGUAAAACUCUUUCAGCCGACCUUAUCUUUCCCAGAGUGCUCUUUGCUCAUUGUCUCCACACCCCUCCCGUGUCUCUGUUCGGAUACUUACAGUUCAGCACACAGACACACAAACGCUCUAUCGCUCACAUUCCACAACUCUGCACUACAAACUGGGCUCACACCAACAUGCUAUUUAGAUUCUUACACAAGCAGUAUGUAUCGUUUGCGCAAAAUAUCCUGUUGAAGUGAAGCGUGUCUUUGUUCUCUGAAUAUCGUCUUUGACUGAAGCCCAUACAUGUGAACGAUUCCUUGAAUAUUGAAGGAGAAUAUUAUAUUAAAACGAUUUCUCAUCAACUUUCGUGAAGUACCCCCAACUGUCCUCAGACUGUUAGUUUAGCAUACUGUCGUCACUUUGACAUUUAACAGCUUCAUGUGAACACUACAGCAGCUUUCCUGUACUUCAGGAAAGGGUCACUGACAAACUUAUUGUAAGAUCACCAUUAAACACUAGAGUUUGACACCUGGAAAAAGGAUGUAAUAUAAUAUUUAAAACACAAAGUGGUACAAAAGUAAAUCUGACUUCGCUAGAUCCAGCAAUCAAAACCUGAGCUGACAGUUUCACAUCAUUGCACUUCCUAUUCACGAUCUUUCCGCUCUUUUAACGCACUGGUCUUUUUUUAUUAUUAUUGUUAGAUUUGUUUUUUUUACUAAAUUGAAUGAGAUGUAUAAUAUGCAGUAUAGAAGCAAACUGUAAGCCAUUAACUUAAAUUACAGUCUUUGUGCUAACUCUUAAAAAUGUUGUAUGACCUCACAAUUCCUGACCUUAUUCUACGUUCCUGCUGUCAUUCAUUUUGUUUGUAGUGAAAACGGAUAUGGACAUCUGUUAUCGAAUGAAAAUGUGUGCAAACAUGAGUCGAUCUCUUGGUCUGUUACUGGAAAUGAGUCUUAAGAACGUGGAAGCAAUGUUCACUCCCACAGCGGCAGAAGAAAUCGAUCAUGUGAAUUUAAUGAGUAUCAGAUCCUUUGGUAUUUGAUAGUAGCUGUAUCCGUUGAUAUUCUGGCUCUUGUAAACCAGGCUGAAUCUAAUCUACUAAAUACACAUGCUCUAACUUUGAAUUAUGAACACUACGCCUCUCUUUAUGUACUGUAAAGAUUCUCACUGCAUCAUGCAAUCAUUCUGCAUCUUUGAUUUCUGUUUUAUCUGUGAUUGACACGUGUAGUCUCUGCAUUUUCUCUUGGCUGUUAGAAACCACAAGAAGACAAACUUUGUAUUGAACAAUGACUGGUCGUUUUCACCAUUACUUAUAUCUCUAACCAUGCUUGUUUCGGUUUUCAAAUGAUUUGCAUUGGCAUCAAUAGUUAGUCUGGAGCAGAUGAUAAUGGUGUGCUGUUUGAACGCUCACUGUACAGCUUUCAGUGUAGAAUAUACAAGCAUUCUCAUGUUUUCCAUACUCACCUUUGCUGAGAAAAAGCCUUUGACUGUAGCCCCCCCCCCUUCAUUUUUAUGUAAAACAAGUGUGACAUUUUCAUUACAUUCUUGAAUUUUAUUGGGCCAAAGUCACUUAUGGCCUUAUAGACUCACAUAGAAACAUACAGGUCUUGAACUCUUUUCCUUCCAGUGCACAAAUUAGAUUGUGAACUAAUGAAUCUGGAAUCAAAUAGAAUUACGCUGCAUUGCUAAAUUGGUUAUGUUUUGCACCUCUCCAGCAUAUUGUUGCAUUUGUUUGGAUUAACUGUUUGUACUGUAUUUAUUUUCAUUUUGUCUUUCAUUUUCAACGGUGAAACAACUAAACAUCUUUAAAAAAAAAAAAA